GGGCGCCGCUCGGCAGUGCGAGCCUCCCGGCCUUUGGAUCUUUGUCUGAAAACUGGAUCCCGCUGCCGCUUCACAGUGUGCGCGAUUUGCUUUUGAGCCGCCUCCGUUGCACACUGUGAAACCACUCCAAAACGAACUUCGGCCAAAACAAUUCAUUUACCGUUUAGUGCAAUGGCGAUUUCGUUUCGCCGUCGAAACGGAUCGUAAUUCGGACGGUCGGUUUAGAACUUAUAGAGGGCUAAAUCGGCUUGUGUUUUCUGUGUUGUAGUCUGUACCAGUCAUUAGCGGGCUGUCGCUCCCUUCGCCUUAUUUCUUUAACUUUUUAAACACUCGGCUUCGCGAAUGACUGGGCGCCGGUGGAGUAUGGGAGCCUGGGCGUCUUAGGAAGCGAGCGAGCGGGGUUUUAACAGCUUUUCAUACAUUGAAAAAAUGGCAAACUCGACGGGGAAAAAUCAGCCAGAUCAGCGAAGGAAAGGACUAGCUUUCCUGGACGAACUGCGGCAGUUUCACCAAAGCAGAGGCUCGCCGAUCAAGAAGAUCCCGGUCGUGGGUGGGAGAGAGCUGGAUCUCAAUGCUCUCUACACCCGAGUCGUUUCUUUAGGCGGAUUUGCGAAGGUUUCGGACAAGAAUCUGUGGUCCGAGCUCGGUGAAGAUUUUAAUUUCCCCAGGAGCUGCUCCAACGCCGCUUUCGUCCUGAAGCAGUAUUACCUCCGCUAUUUGGAGAAGUAUGAGAAGGUCCAUCACUUCGGAGAGGAUGAGGAGGAGGCACAACCUGGCAACCCCAAGCUGUCUCUUCCAGUGGGGGCCUUUCCCUGCUCCUACAACUACCAGCAGCACAUUGUAUCAGAUUACCUUCGUCAAAGUUACGGCUUGUCUAUGGAGUUCAUGCCGCCGUCUGAUUACAACAAGUUGGUGCUCUCGCUCCUCUCCGGCCUCCCCAACGAGGUCGACUUUGCUAUCAACGUUUGCACUCUUUUGUCCAACGAAAGCAAGCACGUCAUGCAGCUGGAGAAGGACCCCAAACUCAUCACGCUGCUGCUGGCUCACGCCGGCGUCUUCGAUGACACCUUAGGAAGUUUUUCAGUUGUAUUUGGGAUGGAUUGGAAGGAGAAGACGUCCCGAGACUUUGUGAAGUUUUGGAAGGACAUCGUUGAUGAUGCUGAAGUUCGGGACCUAAUUUCUGACAGGAGCACCAAAUCGCAAGAUGGUACAGGAAAGGAAGGGGCGUGGGAUGCCCUGUUUCACCCACCGCGGGAUGUCGGCAUCAGCGACGUCGAGGGCCAGAGGGUGCUCCAGAUCGCAGUCAUCCUACGCAACCUGUCUUUCGAGGAGGCGAACGUCAGACUUCUGGCAGCUAACCGCACUUGUCUGAGAUUCCUCCUCCUGUGUGCCCACUGUCACUUUGUGUCGCUACGGCAACUGGGGUUGGACACGCUGGGCAACGUGGCGGCGGAGCUUCAGCUGGAUCCCGUCGAUUUCCGAACGACCCAUCUCAUGUUUCACACCAUCACCAAAUGCUUAAUGUCGAGGGACAGGUUUUUGAAAAUGAGAGCCAUGGAGAUUUUGGCUAACCUCAGUAAAGGGGAGGACAACGCCGUCCUCAUCUGUGAGUACGUGGACCAGGAGUCCUACCGAGAGGUCAUCCUUCACCUCACUCUCCCAGACGUGAUGCUGGUCAUCUCCUCACUGGAGGUGCUGUACCAGCUGGCGGAGCUGGGUGAGCUCACCUGCACAAAGAUCGCCUCGGUGGACCGGAGCAUAGAUCUCCUAGUGCGUCUCGUAUCCGUGGAUAUCCACACCUUUGGGCCAGAUGCUGUGACAGCCGUUAAACUCGUGGAGCACCAGAGCUCCAGCGGACAAUCAGUGUCCGAGGUGCGACCCCAGCUGCUGGAGCACCUGCCCCCACAAAUGCAGAGCACACCCGUGCCAGCAGUGUCGCGGGUCCUGCCGCAGCCGACUCCCGCGGUGCCCGGCAUUGUGGAGAUCGACGGCGAGAAGUUCGCAACUCAGUGGUUACACGCACACUUUGAGACGCACGCCGACGGCUCCGUCUCGCGCUCCGAGAUGUACUCUGAGUACCUCUCCACGUGCAGCAAGUUGGCACGGGCUGGCAUCCUGACUUCCACUGGCUUCUACAAAUGCUUGAGGAACAUCUUCCCAAACCACACGGUGAGGAGGGUGGAGGAGCCCAAGGCGGUGGGGCAGGCCCACAUCCACGUGGUGGGGGUCCGGCGGAGGGCCAUCCCCCUGCCUGUCCAGCUCUACUACCAACAGCAGGCUGCAGCCGGCCCAGUACCCGGCCCCAGCCCAGCGGCAGAGCCCCCGCCCGUGCCCUUGCCAGGUGUACUCCCUGGGGCGCAGUUCCAUCAGGCGCCCGUCGGUAUCGCCGGGAACCCCAGCUUUGCGGUACAGGGGGCAGCGAGCGUGGCUCACAUCACCCACAGGCCGCCUCAAAACUCGCCUUCCCAGCCCCUGCUGCACCAGAACCCCACGGUGACCGGUGUGCCUGGCAAACCUGGAGACGCUGUGAAGGCGGGGGCCAUUCAGAGUCCGGUUCCCGGUUCCGUCAUCCCAGCUGGUGUGCCUGUUGUCCCCAACCACAGCUCUGCGGCCCCGCCGCCUGUCCUCCCAUCGGGGACGCCCGUCGCUGUGUUCCAGCCAGGCAUCUCCCAGGCGCACAUCUUGGCGGGCCGGGUACAGGGCGUCUGCCCCCCCGGAGGCUCCACCCAGCCUGGCCCGGCCCAGGAGGCCCUGGUACUGGCCGCCUCUGCGCCCUGCUCCUCCCUCCCGAGCUUCCAGGUGGCUGGUGGCCAGGUCUUCACCAUCGCGGGUGUCUCCAACCCUCAGGGGUCACGCGUCACCUUCCAGAACAUUGCCCCCAAGCCUGUGCCGCCCCAGACACCGCCCCUACCUGCGGCCCCGCCCCCGCAGCAGCAGGGCGUGGUCAUCAUGGGAGCGGGGCCCCAGCAGGGCCAAGCUUUCGCGCCGGCCAUCCACCAGAUAGUGCUGGCCAACCCUUCCUCUGUCCCGGGGACCCAAACUGUACAGAUAACCGGGCAACCGGGUGUCCCCCCCACCACCCCUGUGUCCCCUUGCACCUCGGCACCUGGCCAAGUCCCCCAAGGUCCUCCCCAGGGCCCCCUACCCACAGUCAGCCAGAUGCUCUCCGUGAAACGGCAGCAGCUCCAGCUCCACCACAACCCCCACCCGCCGCCUCCGCCGCCGCCUCCCCCACAAGCUGCCCCUGCCGAAUCCAGCCUGAUCAAACAGUUACUCCUCCCAAAGCGUGGCCCCUCUACCCCGGGAGGCAAACUCAUCCUCCCCGCACCCCAGAUUCCCCCUCCCAACAACACGAGGGCGUCCAGUCCGCAGGUGGUGUACCAGGUCACGAACAGCCAAAACCCCAGUUUCGGCGUACAGAGCCCGGCGCAGCAACAGCACCUGCUGGUCGGCCAGCAGAACGUGCAGCUGGUUCCAGGCCCCCUGCAGCCCCAGGGCCCUGUGCAGACUGUGCCCAUUUCCAACCUGCAACUGCUCCCCGGACAGCUUAUUUCCACAAGUAGCUCCGCAACCAUAAUCCAAGGUACUCCUGGUAACCAGGUGACUUUUACGGUGGUGCCAAACACGGGGUUCUCCACGGGCGCAGUCGGCAGCAGCGGCGGCUCGCAGGUCGUGGCCCCAGCCACCAUCUCCCUUGGUGGCUCGCAGCCUGCGCUGGGCCUGCACGUCCAGGCCCUCAACCAGUCACCGGCGGGAUCGAUGAACGCGGUCCCGGCACCGCCCUUCCGAGGCGACAAGAUCAUCUGCCAAAAGGAGGAGGAGGCCAAAGACGCCACGGGGCUCCACGUGCAUGAGCGGAAGAUCGAGGUGAUGGAGAACUCCUCGCUCAUGGAGGGCUCUCCCAAGGCGAGCAACGGUAAUACCGCGGAGGCUGAGGGGCCGGCAGCUAAUGACGGCACCGCUGCCGCCAAGCUGGUCAACGGGAGAAGGUGUGUCGACUUGAGUCUACCUCCUUUCAACUCAGGGAAAAGCCCGUCGGAGGCUGGGGAGGGCACGCAGGUGGUCAAUGGGCCUCAGGCCGAGGCCGCUGAGGGUCCCGCCAAUGGCGUGCAGGCAAAGGGGCCAGCAGACGCCCCGGAGACGAGAGGCCUCGUCAAUGGUGUCUGCGACCCCGACCGAGGAGACAGUUCUCACUUCAGCAAAAACAUUCCAAAUCACAAAGCUUCCAAGCGCUUGGGAAACGGAGAAAUCCCCCGACAGAAGCCGCAGAAGAACCCGGACCCCCCCCAGCACGACACUGCCAAAGCGGAUCCGUCGGAGCGGACGCCAAACGGCCCUCUGCCGGUCAACAGCUCCCUGCCUGGUGCCAACACGCUGGCGGGGAUGGCGCCCCCUGUCUGCUUGGAGGGCACCAGCAAUAGCACCGAGCUUGCUAAUGGACCUGUAGUACUGAGCCCCAGCUCGGACUCACCCCCAGUAAAGCAGCAGGUUUCUGCCCCGGUGACCACUGUAAACUCCCUAACAGCCCUGGCUCUGCCCGCCAACGGCUCGAGUGACAGCCGGGGCGCCAAACGGCCGGCUGACGACAUGGACCGGGGGACCCUUUCGGGCAUCCCCAAUAAAGUGGGCGUGCGCAUAGUGACUAUUAGCGACCCCAACAACGCUGGCUGCAGCGCCACCAUGGUGGCUGUGCCCGCGGGAGCAGACCCCAUUGCGGUGGCAAAAGUAGCAAUAGGGAACGCGGCGCAGCAGAAGCAGAGUGUGUCCGCGGCUGUGCAGAGCAGUCUGCCCCAGCCGUCACCGAUGGCUCCAACGCCCCCGCAUCCCCAUCCCACCCAGACCAGCACAGGGAACUCCAGUCCACCUCUGGCUGGGCCGCAGGCCCCAGCGGAACGGGCGGAACCAGCUGAACAGGCCCGGAAACCGGGCCAGAACUUCAAGUGCUUGUGGCAGUCCUGUAAACGGUGGUUUGAGACGCCCUCUCAGGUGUUCUACCACGCUGCCACACUGCACGGCGCCAAGGAGGUCUAUCCUGGCCAAUGUCUCUGGGAAGGCUGUGAACCCUUUCCCCGGCAAAGGCUGUCUUUCAUCACCCACCUGCAGGACAAGCACUGCUCACGGGAUGCCCUGCUGGCUGGACUGAAGCUGGAGGAGCAGAUGCUCAGCGGCGGUCCGAACGCUUCCAAGCCCCCGGCUGACAAUGCCCCCACCCCCCGGUCCCAGAAGCCUGUGUCCAGUCAUCCCAGUGCUGCCCUCAUGGCCCUGAGGCGUGGCUCCCGCAACCUGGCCUUCAGGGACUUCACUGACGAGAAGGAGGGACCAAUAACCAAACACAUCAGACUGACUGCUGCCUUAAUAUUAAAGAACAUCGCUAAGCAUUCAGGCUGUGGCCGGAAGUUGGUGAAGCGGCAUGAGAGCCAGCUGUCCGUGCUGGCGCUCAGUAACAUGGAGGUGUCCACCACACUUGCCAAAUGCCUUUAUGAACUUACGCGCUCCCUCCAGGCGUGAGCAGGUGCCAGGACUGGGACUUGUCAAGUGAGUCAGUCCUGCUUCUCUCCCGCUGACCAGGGGAGAGAAGCUGGAUCCAAAAAAAAAAAAAAUCUAAAUAAA